AUGAAUCAUCAGUCACCACUUGGGCAGCGCUGCAAGGAACCAUCCUGGUGUCUUGGAACCUCUGUUGCGCUCCACUUGAUCCAGAAAUAUCCGUCCGCAAAGGUGACCCUCAUUGAUCGGACCCCCUUCCCCUCGCAGGUCGGAGCAUCAUGGGACUGGAAAAAAGUCGUCCGCGCCGAUUAUGCCAAUCUCCUGUAUAUGGAACUUGCUUUGGAGGCCAUGGAACUAUGGAGAUCCGAUCCAUUAUACAAACCCUUCUAUCGCGAGAGUGGACUCGUGUGGGUUGACAACAAAGGAUUCCCACAGGACAUCAUCGACAGUUACAAGAAGUUAAACUCAACUGCCAAAUCUCGCUUGAUCAAGGCCGAGGAAGCCAAGGGUCUCUGGGAUGGCAUCCAUGCCGACGCGGAUUAUGAAGGUGCCGGUGAUAUGUUGCUCAAUGAGAGUAGUGGUUGGGCCGAAGCCAGUGCAGCCCUCACCAAGACUAUCGAGCAUGCUGUCGAGGCUGGUGUGCAAUACGUCGGCGGUGACGUUGAAGCAGUUGUGUUCGACGACCAAGGAGCAAGCACUGGAGUUCGGACCACGAAAGGCGAUGUAUUGUCGGCAUCCCAUAUCAUCCUCGCCACGGGAGCAACGACUGCAAAAUUAAUCGCAGAUAGUGUGCCAAAGCGACCUGAGAUGCAAGUCGCUGGGCGAGUUGUCGCUGCUGCUAUCUGCACUGCUAUGACGAUCUUGAGUGACGAAGAAGCUGAGUCUUCGUUCACGAGUUAG